AUGAACCUUGAAAAUGAAGUUGUGAGAGAUACAAACCAUUUGGCUUCUCAGGUUGAACAUGCUUUGAAGCUUUCCACAGAUUAUGCCAAUGGCUCAAUUCGCUCAGACGGGCACUGGUGCGGCGAACUUAGAUCUAAUGUUACAAUAACUGCGGAAUACAUCUUUCUUCGACAGGUUUUGGGGCUCGAGAUACAAACGGACAAUGCAGCAUACCGUCGACACAUUUUAUCUGAGCAAAAUGAAGAUGGUUCAUGGGGACUGGCUCCUGAGUACCCCGGUGACGUUUCCACAACUACAGAGGCAUACUUAACUCUCAAGAUCCUUGGCCUCAAUUCCAGCGAUGGAGUGAUGCAACGUGCUCGGCAAUUUGUUCUCAAAUAUGGAGGUAUUGCGAAAGUCCGUGUUUUCACACGUAUCUUUCUAGCAACUUUUGGCUUGUUCCCGUGGGAAGCAGUGCCCCAGCUACCUGUGGAGCUUAUUCUACUUCCAUCAAGUUGUCCGAUCAAUAUCUACACGUUUGCUUCUUGGGCUCGCGGAACCAUCGCUCCUCUAUUGCUCAUUUGCCACCACCGACCUGUCUUCGCAUUGCCGAAUGGCAAGUCAUCAACAAAUGACUACCUAGAUGAAUUAUGGCAGGAUGCGGCAAACAAGAAUGUUUCGUACGGUCUGCCCCUUUUAGAUUUGCUGUUUCAAGGCGAUCUUCCCGGUGUUGCAUUCACAUGUGUGGACAAACUGCUCUAUCAACUAAAUGGACUGCGUUCCAUUCCGUUCAUCCGGUCCUAUGCUAGACGCAAAUGUCUUGAGUGGAUCCUUGAUCGACAAGAAGCAACCGGGGACUGGGCAGGCAUCUUCCCACCCAUGCAUGGCAGUGUUUUUGCCUUCUUCCUCGAAGGCUACAAAAUCGACGAUGACCCUAUCCGGUUGGGCAUCAAAGCCAUAGAAGACUUUGCCUGGGAAGAUGAGCGAGGAAAAAGAAUUCAAGCCUGUGUUUCGCCCGUGUGGGAUACCGCCCUCAUGUCGAUAGGGCUUGCGGAUGCCAUGACGCCCGAUCGACACGUUCUUGACAAAGCCAUUACAUGGAUCAGAAAUCGACAAUUGAUUGUGCCUCACGGGGAUUGGUGUGUUUACCGACCUACACUUCCACCCGGUGGCUUCAGCUUCGAAUAUCAGAAUACUUGGUAUCCCGAUGUUGACGACACGGCUGCAAUAAUCCUGGCGCAAAUCAAACAUGAUGUAGGAUCCAUUGGAUCCAACUCCGUGAUAUCAGCAGCAACUUGGAUUCGAGGGAUGCAGAAUUCCGAUGGAGGCUGGGCUGCCUUUGACGUGGAGAACAACAAGCUGUUUCUCAAUAAGAUUCCCUUCAGUGACAUGGAUAGUCUAUGCGAUACAUCGUGUGCGGACAUCACCGGACGCAUAUUGGAAGCUUUCGGGUUGAUGAUGAAGGCUGCACCGGAGAAGACCCACGCAAGCCACUAUUUUCCUGCACUGCGCACGGCCUGCACUAGUGGUAUCCAAUACUUGGCGUCCACACAGGAGUCUAGUGGGGCCUGGUUCGGACGAUGGGGUUGUAAUUAUGUCUAUGGCACAAGUCAUGCACUGUGCGGUCUUGCAUACUUUUCUGAUGAUAUGCGAGUUUCCCAGAUGGUUGAGCAGGGUUUACAGUGGCUGAGAUCUGCACAGCAGGCUGAUGGGGGUUGGGGCGAAUCACUACUUUCAUACAGGUCGCCAAGCCAAGCUCAGCAGCGCUCAACCCCGUCUCAAACAGCAUGGGCUUUGAUGGGAUUACUGGCACAUCUCCCUCCAACUGAUCCUGCUAUUGAGCGUGGAAUUCAAUGCCUUGUAAGAACUCUUCAACCAGAAAAGGGUAUCGGAUCUUCUUGGCCUGAGACUGUGUUUACUGGCACUGGAUUCCCCAAUCAUUUUUUUCUUGGGUAUGACUACUAUCGUCACUAUUUUCCUAUGAUGGCUCUUGGGCGCUAUUUACAAGCGGUACGUACCUAG